CGCUCGCUCUCUGCCUCAGCCGCUGGGCUCUGCCUGACUCGCCUCCUCGCCAGGCUCCCUGGACCAGCAGCCAUGGCCGACAUGAAAACGGGCAUCUUCGCCAAAAACGUCCAGAAACGGCUGAACAGGGCGCAGGAGAAGGUACUUCAAAAGCUAGGGAAAGCUGAUGAAACAAAAGAUGAACAGUUUGAAGAAUAUGUUCAAAACUUCAAACGACAAGAGGCAGAAGGUUCCAGGCUCCAGAGAGAGCUACGAGGAUAUUUAGCUGCCAUCAAAGGCAUGCAAGAGGCCUCUAAGAAGCUUACAGAGUCUCUUCAUGAAGUAUAUGAGCCCGAAUGGUAUGGCCGGGAAGAUGUGAAAAUGGUUGGAGAGAAAUGUGAUGUGCUCUGGGAAGACUUUCAUCAAAAGCUGGUGGAUGGAUCAUUGCUGACCCUGGAUACAUACCUGGGACAGUUUCCUGAUAUCAAAACUCGCAUUGCAAAGCGAAGCAGAAAGCUAGUGGACUAUGACAGUGCAAGACAUCACUUGGAAGCCUUGCAGAGCUCAAAAAGAAGAGAUGAAAGCAGAAUUACAAAGGCAGAAGAAGAGUUUCAAAAAGCACAGAAAGUGUUUGAAGACUUUAAUAUUGAUUUACAAGAAGAGCUGCCAUCUCUAUGGUCAAGACGAGUUGGCUUCUAUGUGAACACUUUCAAAAAUAUAUCCAGCCUCGAAGCCAAGUUUCACAAGGAAAUAGCUUUGCUAUGCCACAAACUGUAUGAGGUGAUUACCAAGUUGGGAGAUCAGCAUGCUGACAAGGCCUUUACCAUCCAAGGAGCACCCAGUGAUUCAGGUCCACUCCGCAUUGCGAAAACACCAUCGCCCCCUGAGGAGGCUUCUCCCCUGCCUAGCCCUUCAUCUAGUCCCAAUCAUACACUGGCACCUGUUUCAUCUCCUGCACCAGCUCGGCCUAAAUCACCUUCACAGUUGAGGAAAGGGCCUCCUGUCCCACCGAUGCCUAAACUCACACCCACAAAGGAGCUGCAGCAGGAGAAUAUCAUCAGCUUCUUUGAGGACAACUUUGUACCAGAAAUCAGUGUGACAACUCCUUCACAGAAUGAAGCUCCCGAAGCUAAGAAAGAGGAAUGUUUGCUAGAUCUGGACUUUGACCCUUUCAAGCCAGAAGUGGUAUCAACAGGAAUAACCCUAACCCACUCACCCAUGUCUCAGACAUUGCCCUGGGAUUUAUGGACGACAAGCAGUGAACUGGUGCAGCCGGCAUCCAGCAGCACAUUUAAUGGAUUCACACAGGAUACUUCUCUAUUCGCAGUGCAAUCCAAUCAGAAUGUGGUAGAUAACUUGAUUGAGGCAGAAGAAGCUCCAUCUUUGGAACCCCAGGCUGAAGAACCCCUCUCUCCCCCUGCCGCUGCGCCUGUUGCUGCCGCUGCGCCUGUUGCUGCCGCUGCGCCUGUUGCUGCCACGGUUCCUGUUGCUGCCGCUGCGCCUGUUCCUGCCACGGUUCCUGUUGUUGCCGCUGCGCCUGUUGCUGCCGCUGCGCCUGUUGCUGCCGCUGCCGCUGUUCCUGAACAGGAAGCUCUGCCUGCUGAGCCUAGUGAGCCAGCAGAGGAAGCUGUGCAGGAGACUGUCACAGCAGGUGAAAAGGAGACAACUGGGAUUGCUGAGGAAGAGAGUGAGAUGGUAGCUAUAACUGAAGAUGCAGGUGCAGUUGAAAAUGCUGUUGUAACUGAAGCCAGUGAAGGUGCUGCUGCAGCUGAAACAGCUGAUGAAGGUGACAAACCUAAAAUAGAAGAGAAGGAAGCAGUGGUGGCUCAGGAGAAAGUCAGCAGCAUCCCUUCACUAGUAAUAGAGCCAGCAUCAAACAACGAAGGGGAGGGAGAGGAGCAUGAAGUCAUAGUGAAUGAAUCCGAAGAUGUUGUGGAAGACGUUGGCACUCAGGGCAUUGAAAGUGAUGCCAGUGAACCUUCCCAGGUUGUAAGUGAGCAGAAAACCAUUGAAGAAAUCCAAACUACAUCCUCUGAAGAACCGCCUGUGUCAGCGGAUGAUGCAGCCCAUGGAAUGCCACCUGGCUUUCUCUUUAAGGUUGAAGCGCUACAUGAUUUUGAGGCCGCUAAUACUGACGAACUUAACUUAAAACGAGGAGAUACUGUACUAGUAAUCCCUUCUGAGGCCACAGAUGACCAGGAGGCUGGCUGGCUGACAGGCAUUAAAGAAUCGGAUUGGCUGCAGUACAGAGAUGCAGUAACCUAUAAGGGACUUUUCCCAGAGAACUUCACAAAGCCCUUGGAGUAGUUCUCAGCUCAGGCAUAACAGUGUUAUAAGAAGCUCAGUCAGUAGGUUUUUAAAUCUCUUUGAAACACAGGAACCCACUUUUGUAGUUAAACUGCUAAUGGUUUACAGACUGGUGCCAGACAAAGCUUGGUGAAACAUAUCAAAUGAGCAUGAAUGCAAACAGUUAAGUUAGCAUCGUCUGAAGCAGUAUAUGAAAAAAAUGUAUUAAGAGAAAUGUCCCUAUUCGUUCACACGUAUGUGGCAACAGGUUUGUUUGUGCGUUGUCGGAGCUAUGGUGAUCCUGUAUUUGAUCCUUUCCCAUGAAAUCUAAAAUUAGCCUCCUCACUACGAGAACCUUAACUUCUCUGCACUAAGUGUAUUGUAUUGACUUGCUGCACUACAGAAGAUUUUAUUAGUAAUCCUUUAGUAAUGAGGUCAAAUUAUUAAGUUACGUGUUUAAAAAAAUGAACUGCUGCAAAGUUUUUCAAUGUUUUUUUGAACAUAUAUACACAUAUAUGCUUGUGUGUAUAUAAGUGCAUACAGAUACAUAGGCAUUAACAUGUUACCCUCCAUUGUAGUUCUUUGACUCUGUAGUAUCAUUAAUAGAUGCAUUGCUCUUACAAGGUCUGGCAUUACAGUAAAUAGCUUUGUUCCAAAACAAAGCUAGCUGCUCCAUUGCCAAAACAUUAUACAGUAUCUGUGUUUGUAAUGUGAAAUUUUCAUUCUGAGAUGAACGAUUAUAACUAUCACAUUCAAAGCUGCUAAAACAUUGGAAGGCAUGGCUCAGUCUCCUCUAUUUCUAGCUGUAAUAGUUUGAGAUUGUGUGGAUAGAGUGGUUAUAAUGCUAAUCUAUACUUUAAUUGGCUGAAUUAUGAAAACAAAAAAUAUCUAAGAAGGACAAAAACAAACAAUAUAUUUUCACUAUAUGUAUUUAUGCAGCACACCUUCACAGAUCCUUUUAAAAUAAGGUAUAUAAUGUAUCCUGUAUCAAGAAAUCAUCUGUAAACUAUUAUGUUUUUCAGUGUUGUGUCAUUCAAAAUAAACCUUUGAUCCAAAAGAAGUUGUUUUUGAGAGUGU